GAUUCCAUUCCCUCUCACCAACUGUCCCUGUGUGAUCUGCUUGCCUGAACCUCUGUUGGACUCCUGCUGGAUUUUGACUGUACUCCCCAGUGUGUUUCUGUCUGAGCCGAAUGCUUGACGCACUGGACUCUGAACCUGCCUUCGCGCUCUGGAUUCCUGGAAACUGGACCUGCUGUUCCUGAGUGGACUGUACCAGGAUCUGCUGAGAAAAUGAGACGAAGCCUUCUCCUGGUGACUUUGUUCCUCAUUAUGAAACUUCGCUCCAGCCAUUCCAGGUGCGAGGAAACCGGAGCGCGCAGAUCCUCCUCAGACACUACAAGACUGGAAGAUAUAAAGCGGAACAUUCUGAGAAGAUACACAGAUUUGGAUUAUGACAGCUUUGUUGGAUUGAUGGGCAAAAGAAACGCGGAAGAAGAGGACGUGGAAUCCCAACAAAAAAGGGAAAUGGAUGACUUAUUUGUUGGUCUUAUGGGAAGAAGAAGCUCUGACUCUGAUAGUCCCUGGAGGAGAGAAUAUCCAGAGCGCAGAGGAAUCCUUCUCAACAAAUCCAGGCUGAGGUUACUUCAGGGGCUGUAAACAUUCAGCCAGACCUUUUUCCGUAUGGCUUCAUCAACAGAAAUUCACAAAGGAGUAGGAACAGCCAACAAGUCUGAAGGAAAAGAAGUCGAGCAGCUGGUUCAUGAAAGCCACCAUAAACCAAGCAGAUUGUAACUAUUUUAUCUGCAAGAAAGAAUAAUUAGAAAUCAUAAUUUCAGUUUCUUUAUUUUCUCUGUCCUCUGUUCAAAGUUGAAAAUAAAAGUAACUUUUUGUAUA